AAAUAUCACAUCAAAAAUUAUACUUAUUGAGUUACAAAUGACGUGCUCAUGUUUUAAUUCAGCCUGAUACUAUACUUCAUGAAUCAUUAUUACUUUUUGUAUUACUUUGCAAUGAGACUACUGUAGUUACCUACCCGUUUUAAAGCGAUAACUUACACUAAUAUUAAGAAAAAUAUGAUGCGCGUUGCGCACGACAAAUGAUCUUCUUGAGAAUAGCUACUGCGCGCAGCCUGCGCAUUUCACUGUACGUAAUAUCAUCCGUUCACUGUUGAAACGAAAUACCUCAAUGCAAUUUUGCAUUGUCUAUCAUAAGAGCUGUAUUCAUAUCACAAAACACUGGGCAGUUUUUGUAUUUAUUCAUGUUGUAGUAUUUCAUCACAAAAUCCAUUUUUGGAACAGGAAGUUUAAGGGUAUUGUAUAAGUGCACCACGCCGAGGAAAACGAAAAAUGCCAGAACUUUUCUUUAGAUUGAUAUGAUAUUUCGUUUGGUAGACUUGUAUUUUUAUGCCUGGUCAUUUUUACAAUAGUAAUGGUUAUUCAGCCCCAUAUACAUCAGACAACAGUUUUUAUGAUUGAAGUCGCCGUGGAUUACUAUUGCCAGACGGUCCCUGCUGCUCUCGCUGUCAUGGCGUCGGACAUGUCGGACCGUACUGUAUACUAUUAAUGCCUACUUUUUAGGAAGACGAAGAAACGCAGGACCGUCCAUAUGUCUCAAAUAAGAUUUGUCGACGUAUAACGAACAGACGACAAAAUGUUCAGCGGGACGUCCAACGGCAGCGGCGUCCCGUGGUCAGAGGACUGUUGUUCUGGCACCAGUUCUGGUAGUUUGGUUCGCGUUGGCAUGAAAACAACCAGAAGACCUCAAGUUGGGCUCAGCAAUGUUGCGACAGAGGACGACGAUUCGGUCGACUUUGACACUUCUGACGCAGACAAUAGCUGUGAAGUUUUAAUGGCUGGUCAAAAUCGCUACCCCUCCGUCCAGGAGUUUGCCUCAGCGAUCCCCAACCACCUUCUGCUGGGCUCUCUGCUGGAACAUCUCUGCUUUGUCUACGAGAGUAACCCUACACGAUCUCGGAUGCUCUUUAAAGUGAUUGGUCAACGUUUAGCAGCAAUGAACCUUCUGUCACCUUUGGCUAUAAGUGAUGAGUUCAGCACAGUCAGACUUCAACACAACCGGGCCUUCACAGAACUGCUGCAUGCUGCUAGCUCCUCGCUGUACCCCCAGGGUCAACAAUUACAUGACUCAAACACACACAAUGCUGCUGUGAGACCGAAGGAAGGGCUAUUCCAAGCACAGACCUCGCGUUAUCUCAGUGAGUUUGAAGAAAUCGUUCGUCUCGGGAAAGGCUCAUACGGAAAUGUCUACAAGGUUCUCAACAAACUGGAUGGGCAGUUCUAUGCUGUUAAGAAGAUUCUCAUCAAAAAUGUGUCAAAAGAAGACUGUAUGAAGGUCCUCAGAGAAGUCAAAGUGUUGUCCAGCUUGCAGCAUGUCAACGUUGUGGGUUAUCACACAGCCUGGAUGGAACAUGUGCAGCCUGCAGCAUGUUGGUUUGACCCCACAUCUGUACUACCGGCACUUGAAUCACCAGGAUUGCAAGACAUUUCUGCUGAAUGCCGAGACGACCACAGUUCCAGCUCAUCCAUUGUUUUUCAAAGCCUGUCCCAGCCACCGAUUGAUCCUAUCUCAAGUGACUCACUGCCUCAGCAAGAGAGCCUCCCUGUUCAUGUCUCGACUGGGCAAGUCUCAUGCCCUAAGAAUAUGACACGUAUCCCAGAAAACUAUGUUCCCUGUGUGUUUCUGGGACAAAAAGCUCCCACAAAAAUCUCCAAAUGCCCCGCUAUUGAUUGGGACACCUCAGCACCAUUAGAUGAGUCAGAGCGGAGCAGCUCUGAGGUGAACAACAACUCCCUCAGUGAGGCUGGUGGGCUGUUGGCAGGAAAACACACACUGAGGCCUUUAGUUGAGGUUCAGUUCCACCUGAUGCUCUACAUCCAGAUGCAGCUGUGUGAGCGCUCACUAAUGGAUUGGUUGACUGAGCGGAACGCCAAACCUAAACAGUCAUCAAAGUGUCCUUAUGCAGGCGUUGACCCUGAACACACUACCACUCUGCUGAGGAAGGUUCUUGAAGGGGUAGAGUACAUUCACUCUGAAGGCAUCAUGCAUAGAGACCUAAAGCCACGAAACAUUUUCCUUCAUGGUCAUGACUGCCAUGUGCGCAUAGGGGACUUUGGUUUGGCUUGCACUGACGGAAUACUUGAAAGUAACAAAAGUGCUGCUUCGCCGAGUGAAGGGCUCUCCCAUACCUCUGGUGUUGGUACGUUUGUGUACGCCGCCCCGGAGCAGUUGAAAGACUGCCACUAUGAUUCAAAGUCAGACAUGUACAGCGUUGGUGCGUUGGCUUUUGAAUUAUUCCAGCCAUUCGGGACAGAGAUGGAGCGUGUCAGGACACUUAGUGACCUCAAAGAGGGGAAAAUCCCUGAAGCCUUCGUCCGCAAAUGGCCAGUCCUGACCAGGUACGUCAGGAAGCUUACCAGCCACGACCCUGGUGUACGACCCACAGCGAGCCAGCUUCUGCACAGUGAGCUCUUCAACAGCAAAGAUCUGGUCAUCCAUGAUCUCCAGAGGAAAGUUGAAGAACAAGAGCAGGAACUGAUGGAGCUCAGGAAGCAGAUCAGUCUGCUCAGGACCUCCCAAACACCACCUCUCUGAGUCAGUUUGUAAAAUGUUUUAGUUCAGACUUGUACAGUGUGUGAGCCUGUGUGUGGAUGGUUUUCAACACCUGAAUGAUGUGGUGCAGGUGCCAAUAUUUAUUUGUCUAAUUAAAC